AUGGAAGAGAAGAUAGUGGAGGAGCACACCAAGCUGAAGCAGGGCAUGGUGAAGGUGCUGCAGUGCGUAGCCGCCAUCUCGUCAGCGGCAGCUGUGUGCUCGAUUCCAAUCUACCACACUAUCUUCGGCUUGGCGGGCUCGCUAAUGCGCGUGGUCCUGCACCACAUCGACGACGAGGACAUCCGCACGCUCAAGCGCGAGUUCGGUUCCGUCAACCGGGCGCUGGGCGAGCUCUCGCGCGAGAAUAGUCAGGUCCUGGUGGCUAUUCAGAAGGAGGCGCUGAAUAGCCAGUACGCCUCGGUGGAGGAGAACCUCACGAGCCAGUUCCGCAAGUUCAUGGAUCUGGUGGAGGCUCGGCCUGAGCACAGCAAGCGCAAGAAGGAAGACUUUGCCCGCAGCUACACCGACGACUUGGGCGACCAGAACCUGCACACGCUCUACGACGGUGUGGUCGGGAAGCCCAAACUCUUCAGCCGGCCCAUCCUGGAGGUGUUCCUGAAGCAUUCGGGUGGCGAUCGUCGGGCCAUGGAGCGCCUGUGCACACGCCUCACUUACUUGUUCUGCAUCGGCCUGAUUGCCCUGAUGGGCUACGCCGCCGUCAUUGGCGGCAACGAUGCCGGCCUGAGCGAGGAGUGGGCCGAGAAGAUGGAGAACGUGCAGGACAAGAUGCAGCAGGCGCUGCGUAUGUGCCGCUGAACCGGGCACGCGCACAUCAUCCACGUUAGCUUGCGCAACAGCGGUGGGCAAAGACGCGUGUGCUACGGUACUGUUGCCACCCGGUUCGCAUUUCCAUCAUUGAGCAUUCACAACUACGGCUUGCGCUUUGUUUUCCUUCUUAAAUUGGUUGGAGGUAUUUUUCUGUCCUAAAUUUCAUUG